CUUGACGCAACCUCUAUGUACCCAUCCGGGGCUUGCUGUUCUUUCGUGUUCCAUUCUCCAAACCAACCGACCUCCUUCAAAGUAAUUUAAUUGGAUGCGACAAAUUACUACUGAUUGGUGGCCAACGCAAUUCCAAACAUCAAGUCAAAGAGUGGAAAUGAGGAGAGGAAAUCCAGGUCACGUCGAAUAACUGAAACAAAAGGAAAUGAAGUUCUCACAUGUCUGCCCGAGAAGCGCCAUGUUUGCCUUGGGAGCGUCACGACGACUGCGCUCACCUCCAGUUCUCCCGGCUGAGUCCCGCAAACGUCCCUGUAGAAGAACUUCACCCUGAGAAGCAGGACCACCUCUACGUUAAACAGAAGGAGGAGUCCGAUAUGCCGUUGAUCAAACAGGAGGCGGAGCCAGAGACCUCUGACAUCAAAGAAGAAAAACAGGAAAUUGAAAUCCUCAAUUUUCCAAUGGGUGUCGGUGUGAAGAGCGAAGAAGACGAAGGACCAAGCGAAGAGAGCGGAGCAGCGAACCCUUUGAGCGACAGCUCAUUUCAGCACCAGACAACAAAAGGAGAGCAACCGGACGGCCUCUUAGCUCCGCUUUCGGACAGCGAUGACUUAACGUCACAUUUUUCUGACUUUAAUACUGAUGAGGAGGAGGAUGACUUUGACCAAAAUGCUUCAAAAUCCAUAGACAAGUCAUCAUUUAAAAGAGACGCAAAGGAAGGCGUGGUUGGGAAAUGUUUUCCCUGCUCACUUUGUGAUAAAACAUUUCCUUGGAAAUGCAACUUAAAGGCACACAUGCGUAGACACACUGGAGAGAAGCCUUUUGCCUGCACACUUUGCGAUAAAAAAUACUCCAUGAAGGCAAAAUUAAACAUACACACAAGAACACACACUGGAGAGAAGCCUUAUGCCUGCACACUUUGUGAUAGAAAAUACUUUACAAAGGAAAAUUUAAACUAUCACACAAGAACACACACUGGAGAGAAGCCUUUUGCUUGCACACUUUGUGGUAAAAGGUUCACAUAUCAGCGACAUUUAAACCUUCACACAAGAACCCACACUGGAGAGAAACCUUUUGCCUGCACAUUUUGUGGUAAAAGAUGCACCCAUAAGGCAGGUUUAAAGUAUCACAUAAGCACACACACCGGAGAGAAGCCUUAUGCCUGCACACUUUGUGAUAAAAAAUACUCCACGAAGGCAACAUUAAACAACCACACAAUAUUACACACUGGAGAGAAGCCUUAUGCCUGCAAACUUUGUGAUAAAAAAUACUCCACGAAGGCAAAAUUAAACAUACACACAAGAGCACACACUGGAGAGAAGCCUUUUGCCUGCACACUUUGUGGUAAAAGGUUCACAAAGGAGGGAAAUUUAAACAUUCACACAAGAACACACACUGGAGAGAAACCUUAUGCCUGCACAUUUUGUGGUAAAAGAUACACCCAUAAGGGAGGUUUAAACUAUCACAUAAGCACACACACCGGAGAGAAGCCUUAUGCCUGCACACUUUGUGAUAAAAAAUACUCCAUGAAGGCAAAAUUAAACAUACACACAAGAACACACACUGGAGUGAAGCCUUUUGCCUGCGCACUUUGUGGUAAAAGAUUCACCCGUAAGGAUGAUUUAAACAUUCACACAAAAACACACAGUGGAGAGAAACCUUUUACCUGCACACUUUGUGAUAAAAAAUUCUCCACAAAGAAAAUAUUAAACAUUCACACAAGAACACACACUGGAGAGAAGCCUUUUGCCUGCACACUUUGUGGUAAAAGGUUCACAAAGCAGGGAAAUUUAAACAUUCACACAAGAACACACACUGGAGAGAAACCUUAUGCCUGCACAUUUUGUGGUAAAAGAUACACCCAUAAGGGAGGUUUAAACUAUCACAUAAGCACACACACCGGAGAGAAGCCUUAUGCCUGCACACUUUGUGAUAAAAAAUACUACACGAAGGCAAAAUUAAACAUACACACAAGAACACACACUGGAGUGAAGCCUUUUGCCUGCGCACUUUGUGGUAAAAGAUUCACCCGUAAGGAUGAUUUAAACAUUCACACAAGAACACACACUGGAGAGAAACCUUUUACCUGCACACUUUGUGAUAAAAAAUUCUCCACGAAGAAAAGAAUAAGCAUUCACACAAGAACACACACUGGAGAGAAGCCUUUUGCCUGCACACCUUGCGAUAAAAGAUUUUCUCAGAAGAAUAAUUUAAAAAUACAUAAGUGCUCACACACUGGAGAAAAGCCUUUUGCAUGCUCACUUUGCGGUAAACGAUUUGCUCAGAAAGGACAUUUAGUAAGCCACGCAAGUAGCCACACUGAGAAAAAAACCUUUGAAUUCUAGCGUGUGACAAAAUAUUGUGAUUCCUGCAUUUGCAAUGGAAAAAGCAUUUCAAUUUCAUUAUUCUCUUUCUCACGAGCCUCUUUUGAAAAAGUUGUUCAUGAUUUUUCAGGUGCUGUUUUGUUUUUACAACUAUCCAAUUCAUAUAUGGCGGAACACACAGACAAGGUUGAAGUGGCAGCUACUGCUCUUGCACCCCUCUUUAAAAUAAACUGCUGUAUUUUAAGCCAAAACAACUGUUGUGUUUGAUAGAACAAUAUGUCUAUAUGCUGCCAUAGCAGAAUCAUGGCGCAUUAAGCCCCCGAACUAUUUUUAAUAUGUCCGUUUUA